AAGGGCGCCGCUGCCGACAAUGGCGCUGGCGUAGUUUCGCGAAUUGCGUUAGCGCAGCUAGCGGCAGCGACAGCCGCGUAGUGAAACCAGUGAAGAGGCGUUGUUGGCGUUGUGGAUCAUCGUGCGCGAAGUCGUUGGCAUUGUGGUGAACCGGCCGGCUCCAAGGGAGCAAGAGCUCGCGACAGGAAUCGACAAUGAGCGGGGAACCUGCUGAGGACGACGGCAUCGUACGAGUGUGGUGCGAUGGAUGCUACGACAUGGUGCACUUUGGUCACGCAAACCAACUCCGACAGGCCAAGGCGAUGGGCGACUACCUGGUCGUGGGAGUCCAUACUGACGAGGAGAUAAAGAACCACAAGGGACCACCCGUGUUCACGGAGCAGGAGAGAUACAAGAUGGUCCGUGCCAUCAAGUGGGUUGAUGAGGUCGUCGAAGGCGCACCCUACAUCACAACAUUAGAAACUCUGGACAAAUACAAGUGCAACUUCUGUGUUCAUGGAGAUGACAUCACGUUGGAUGCGUCGGGAGAAGACACCUACCGCUAUGUCAAAGAGAGCGGUCGCUACAAGGAGUGCAAACGGACAGCCGGAAUUUCAACCACAGAUCUCGUUGGCCGCAUGCUACUCAUGACCAAGCAGCAUCACCACAGAGGUGCGAAGGAGUACGGUGUGGACAAGGAGCAUGCAGGCAACAUCAGCAAGUUCUCUGGUUUUGAUGAUGGUCUAACCACAGCCUGCGUCAAUGGAAACGGCGACUCCACGACGCACAGCCCGUGGACUGGAAUCUCCCAGUUUCUGCCGACGACGCAAAAGAUCAUACAGUUCGCCGAGGGCAAGGAGCCCAAGAGUACAGAUCGCAUUGUUUACGUGGCAGGAGCCUUCGACCUUUUUCAUGUGGGCUAUUUGGACUUCUUGGAAAAGGCCAAAGCUGAGGGUGACUACCUCAUCGUUGGGCUCCACACAGACCCUGUGGUGAACAGGUACAAAGGUUACAACUACCCCAUCAUGAACCUCCACGAGCGUGUGCUCAGCGUCUUAGCUUGCAAGUAUGUCAACGAAGUUGUCAUAGGAGCUCCCUACUCGGUCACUGCAGACCUCAUGGAACAUUUCCGUGUUCAUGUGGUGUGCCACGGAAAGACUCCAAUCAUGCAAGACGUGGAUGGCAGUGACCCCUAUGCUGAGCCCAAACGCAUUGGCAAGUUCAAGAUACUGGACAGCAGGAACAAGCUCACCACGCACGACCUGGUGCAGCGCAUCAUACGUAACCGGUUGCAGUACGAGAUGCGCAACUACGAGAAGGAACGCAAGGAAAUGGCCGUCUACGACGCCUGGCUCCUGAGCCAACAAAACAACCACGUGGGGAAUAACAACAUCGGCGAGUGAGGGCCUGAAAGCGCAGCAGGCGGACGUACUCCCGAAGGCAAGAGGAAGCCGACGCGGACGACGCACAGCCGAAGGCUUGCAGGCUUCGUGUCGCAACUUUGGUGCAAUUUGGUGCAGAGAAACGGGCACAACUCUUAAUAAGGACCCUGUUUUGGACCUGUCUAGCGAGUGCAGCCAUCAUUCAAAGGCGCGAUGUACUGAAAGCGUGUUGGUCUGUCGUCUGUUAGCUGCAAACAGCUCUGUCAGGCCUUGCACUGUGCUUGGGGAGUACGUUGGGCGCGUGUUUAAACUAGAGCCAUGGUAUCUCCACUUCCUCCAGUUUUCAUCACGGCUUAAAAGUUGCACAUGAGGCAGAAGACAUAUAAUCAUUGUGUGCUAUGCACAUAUCUUGUCUCAUUUUGUCACCAAUCGGGACUCACUAUACAAUGCAGAACAAUAAUGUGCCAUUUUAUUGUUGUCCAUUUCUAAAAUAGGGAAACCAAAUCAUCACAUGUCUCUGAAGAGCGCUCAUUUUUGCUUGCUUUCUUCUUUUAAGAGAAGCACGUGCGAUGAUAAACUGAAUGAAUUGCUCUUCAAAACGUGUCAAGUAAAAGCACAGUUUGCCUAAGAGACCACACGUUCCGGUUUGGUUACGAAAGGUCACAAUCGGCACUGUCCGCUUGCAGCGGCCAUUUGUUUUCACAUUUAUAAGCACGCACGCACCUUAUUUCAUUGUGCGCUGCAUCGUGACAUUAACUUUGUCGUUGAGGCGCUGCUGUAAAUGGCCUCAACUUCCACGUCUCAUAACCACAAAGGUUUACGUAACUGUCGUGGCCUUGGCACGCUCCCCCAUUUGCAUAAAGCAACCGAACCCCCCGGGCACAGCUGUCUCGCUUGGAAGCUGUGUCACGUACUUGCUUGUGCAAGCCAUCACUGUUAUGCAUAUUGUCCGCGAGCGCGUUGUUACAUAUAUUACCUUCAAAAAGCAUAGACAAGCGGGUUCACCUGCUCGAAAAAGAAACUAGACUAGUCUUGUCCUGCAGCUACGAGCGGCAGUUGUACCGGACAUGUGUCACCCCUGUACCUGCACCUUAUUUUUUUGUUUUCUUUCCUUGUACAUAGAAUGUGCCAUCCCCAGAAAGAGUGCAUACUUCCCCAAGAAAGCCUUCUUGAAUGCUUCCCAAGCAAAGCUCGAAGCUUUGCGCGCUAUCUUUGACACAGACCCAUACAUCAGCUUCACCUCAACAGAACUGUGUGCUGACUAUAUUUGAUCGGCAUUUCUUGCUAUAUAUUGCACCGAGCAUCGCAUCUGUUUGACGGAUGCCGUCAUCUCGCGCUGCUUUUUUAAGAUCAAAACUCGCUUACUCUAUAAUGUCGAGUGUCAUCUCUUGGUGCCACAUAUUGCGUUUUCUGUGGGAACAAUUUGACGUUGAGGGUAUACGCAUGAGAUUUUUUUGUUACGCGCACUGCCAUUAUGCACAUCAACACGUAUUCGGUGCAAGUCUCGGAAAUGGACCUCUGGACCAUUGUGCUAAAGUUUUCUACCGUCUGUUACGUCACGAGUCAUCCGAUUAUCCGAGAAAUGAACGUCUCCUGUACUCAUGGCAUCAGCUUACGAAUGCAAGCUGAAUUAACCGGAAGACCGUGCUUUUGCAACUCUUGCGCGACUGCACGUUUCUCCCAAUUGUUCUUAUGCAACAAUUGUUAGCUGUGCCAUUCGUGGUGGUCGACAACAUGUGCUAAAAAUAAGACAGGGUACAGGACCAUUCAGAUUGCAUUUAACUUUUACUUUGCGCUCCCUUUGUUUCUUUGCUCUUUCCACCUUCUGAUGACUAGCACAAGGCAACUUGAAUUUCUUCACAGAAUCUGAGCAGCUGCUUUACUGUCUUUUCUCGUUCUAGCAACGUCCCGGCCCGUAGUUGUUGUUUCAGUAUCUCAUCAGCUAUUUGCCAAAGACCGUCACGCAGAGUACGUUUAGAAGUUAUAUUUUAGUGCCCUGCACGGUUCAGACACAUUAGCGUCGCUAGUCAAUGGAAAGACAACUUGCAGUAUGUUUUACAGUGGUUAUUUGUGUGAUCAGAAGAUUGCCUUAUUUACCUUGGUACGUCUUAAGGAUGCAUGCAGGUGUGAGAGGUGACGUAGGAAACCUUUUGUGCCCAUGCAUUCGCUCUUUUUUUUUGUUUUGGGGUUCUGUACUUGUAAUAUAUUUAUUCGUGUGUGUCAACUUUUAAUGUUGUUAGUGCAUGAAGUGACCUAUCUGGUCACAUCGUGCGGGCAUUUUACAAAGGCUGUUUUAGAAAGGCUUCACUAUCUGCACUCUCGCGAUGUUUUGAGCCGAUACAGGUGCCAUUAAUAAAAUGCAGGCUUCUGUUGUGCAAAAA